AUGGAGAAUUUUUCAAUUAUCGCAUCCCCAAUGACUAAGUUGUUGAGAAAGGAAACUAAAUAUGAAUGGAAUGCUGAUUGCGAAGAAAUCUUUCAAGAGCUAAAAUGGAGAUUGACUAAUGCACCAGUUUGGAUACUUCCAAAUGAAGAUAAGGAUUAUGAUGUGUAUAGUGACGUUUCCAAGAGAGGAUUAGGGUGUGUGCUGAUGCAAAAUGGAAAGGUGGUGGCGUAUGCCUCACAACAAUUGAAGAAACAUGAAGGACAUUACCUGACUCAUGAUCUAGAAUUGGUUGCGGAUUAUGAUUUUACUAUUGAGUAUCACCCUGGGAAGGCCAAUGUAGUGGCCGAUGCUUCAGCAGGAAGUCAGAGCUAA